AUGCGUAAAUAUACUUAUCGAUUUGAAGGCUCUCAAGAAAAACCAGGUUUAGCAGUAAGGGCAAUAUCUGAAAUUCUUUCAAAAGCAAUGGAAUUUGAGAUGUCAGUUUCUGUAUCUCUCUAUGAGGUGAUACAAGACCAUGCUUAUGAUCUUUUGGAUCCUAAACACCUCGAGGUUCAAAUACUGGAAGCUGCUCAUGGAAAAAUACAUCUUAAAGGACUUUCUCAGGUCUCUGUGAAAUCUAUUCAAGAAUUCCACAAUAUAUACUUUAGUCGUGGUAGUUUUCAAAAGUCUGCACAAAAGAUACCAACAGAGCAAACGCGCAACCACAAGGGCUUGAUGAUUCGCGUAACACCCGAAGAUGACAAUCUGAAAACCAUGUUAACAAGCUAUGAAGAUUCUCGAAGAAAUAUUAAAGAUGGAAUCAUAUUUAAUGAGAGUAAUAGGACUAAGUCACUAUAUACCUUGUUGAAUGUAGUCUAUGCCGUUAAUGCGGAUGAGAAACAUGAGCAAACUAACUCGAAUAUUACAAGAAUCUCUUGCAGGAACGAGUCAUGUAAUGAUGCUUACAUGCUUGUUUCUCUGUCACGCCGAAACGCCAAGCAAGUGUUGAUAGGCUCCACAAACAGAAGUCGAAAUUCAGCAGCCAAAGUGAAGGCGCCUUCUUCAAGAAAAAGUGGGAAGACACCAUAUACUUCCUUGAUCAUGGAAAAACAAAUUGCCUCGAGUGUGCUCAUGUCGAGAAAGAAGGAUAGCAGCAUCUUGAGAGGAAGGAAACUCUUUGAUGGAGAAAAAUCAAACAAUUCUAAGCAGCAUGUAGAUAUUGUGUUGAGAUGCCCACCUGAAGAUACUUCAGCCAGGAAAUCUAUGCUUCUCCCUCUUGUUGCUUCAGAUGAUAAAUAUAUUUCAGAUGUAAAUUCAGCAGUGGAACCAAAAGAAAAUGUAAGAAUUAUUGAUUCUGAAAUUUACUACAGAUUUAAGGAAUUUACACUCAAUCAGAGAUUUUUCACACACAGCAGGAGUGAUAAUGUAGUUGUUUCUCCUGGUCGCUUGGGAGAGGAAAAUGUGCCUUUGAAGAAGAAUGAAGAUGGAGUCCCGUCACUUACUCAAAGACUAAGAGAAAUAUCAAACAAUCUAAGGUCAUUAUGUUCAUCAAUUCCAUCCAGGGUUAAGUUUUUAGACAAUGCAGUUACACCAUAUAGUAGUCAGAUAGACCCAAAAACCCCCGUCAUGGAACUUCCUGUCAAGAGAUACCGUAGUCCUAGGGGUACUUUCAGCAGUCGCAGCUCGGGAGUGAAGCAUUCCCUUGUUCAAAAGUACCUUAAUUUUUUGAAUUCUGCUAACAAGGCCAACCAGUCAGGAUAUGAACUGACUCAUGCACCUUCCAGUUAUCAAGUUGCAGAUAUCGAAGGAAGAGCUGAAAGGCCUGAAGGUAUGUUCAUAUCUUUGAUGUUUUUAAUUCGGCAUUUCCUUAGAUUAGAUGAAGUAGUAUCACAUGAUGUACUAAUUAUACAGGGCAUUGGAGAGAAAAGAGCUACAUAUAUUCUUGAACUCCGUGAAGAAACUCCCAAACCAUUCAAGCAACUGGAUGAUUUACAAGACAUUGGCCUUUCAGCAAAACAGAUUAAAGGAAUGCUGAAACAGGUCGCUGGAGAGCUUUUCAAUUAG